GCAAUUUACAUAGCUAUUCGUUUUAAAAUGAGAGCGUACAUACGUUCGUAUGGAGAACCAUGCUUGCUGCGGACUCUUAAAUUAAAACUUUGUAAUGUAUUCAAUCGGAGGCACAACCCUGGCCUCGCUGAGACAAGACAAAGAGAGAAACUACCUAUCUACUCUUUCUGGAAGUCUUUACAUUAAUGUAAAACCUUUAAAACUUCGUAUACUCGUCGCUCUCUUUGAAACUUAUAUUUACUGUCCCAUUUCUUUGCAGAUUUCAACAAGUCUUCACGACUGGGUCAUGCCAGCGAGCUUUCACCUACACCGUUAUAACAUCUGUCAAGAUUCCCAAGUCUCGCCAGAAAGCGCCGAGAUGCAACCGAAAACGAAGAGAUAAGAAAUAUAAGAAGGACGAGAGCCCGACGAUGUUCUCAUUGUCGGAGGGAUGCGGGUGCGUGAGUUUCCGCGGAGGGAGGAGGAACCGAUCCCUCGGGGAUGACUCGUCCUCCUGCCGCAGCUCCGAGAUUGAACAAGAAGUUCCUAAGAAGUUGGGACGGAGGCUCCUGAACGGACAAUGCAACGUGAGAGCUCUAGUGCCUUUCCUGAAGUUCUGGAAGAGGGAUGACGUCAGUAUGACGAAGGCUGAAAGAACCAUGAAAGCGGCCAUUUUGAUCCAGCAAUGGUACCGACGGUACCUGGCGCGGAUGGAGGUACGGAGACGGUACACGUGGACCAUAUUUCAAAGCAUCGAAUACGCCGGAGAGCAGGAUCAAGUCAAACUGUACAACUUCUUCAACGCGCUACUAAGCCACAUGAGAGACAGCAGCGGGCGGGUGUCGUCGGAGCGGACAUCGCGGACUGCUUCUGUGUUGGAGCAAGUAUUCUCGGAGGAGUCCGACGAGGGCGGGGGCGUGGACGAGACGGCGCCGCCGAAGCCGGCGCGCGGGCCCGACAUCGAGUUCCCGCUGCAGCGGAAGGAUAUCGACCUACUGAUUGAGGCUUUUAGGAAAAAAAAGAAUCGAUUUGAAAUAUACUCGACAUUCCAGCACCGUCUACAUGCGAAGCACGUGGCCCAGAUUCUGAAAGAGGCCACCCAAGUACUGAAAAGACUCCCGAACAUCAACGUGGCCACCACUUCCAUCUCGAGCCAGAUUACUGUCUGCGGCGACCUGCACGGGAAACUCGAUGACUUACUUGUUAUAUUUCACAAGAAUGGAUUACCAUCGCCGGAGAAUCCGUACAUAUUCAACGGGGACUUUGUAGACCGAGGAAAGAAGGGCUUGGAGGUGUUCCUGUUGCUGCUAGGAUGCAUGCUGGCAUUUCCUGGAGGGGUGUACCUCAACCGCGGCAACCAUGAAGAUUUGAUUAUGAACCAAAGGUAUGGUUUCAUAAAGGAGGUGCAUCAGAAAUACCGGCACAACGCCGAGCGCCUACUGAAGCUGAUAGAGGGCGUGUACCGCUGGCUUCCGCUGGGCACCAUCAUCAACAACCGCGUGUUCGUGGUGCACGGCGGCAUUUCCGACACCACUGACCUGGACAUGAUCCGAAGCUUGGAGAGAGACAAAUAUGUGUCGCUGCUGCGGCCACCGGUCUCGGAGAACUGCGCGCCAGGCUCCGAGGUCAUUGACAAGGUGGAGUGGAAACAGGUAUUCGACAUCCUCUGGUCAGACCCCCAGGCCGUGGGCGGCUGCGUGGCGAACGCGCUGCGCGGCGCGGGCACGUACUUCGGCCCUGACGUGACAACCUCGUUCCUGCAGAGGAACAAGCUCAGCUUCCUGAUACGCAGCCACGAGUGCAAGCCUGGCGGGUACGAGUUGUUGCAUAACGGAAACGUCAUAACAAUCUUCUCCGCAUCCAACUACUACGAGUUGGGCUCCAACAAGGGUGCAUAUCUGAAGCUAUGCGGAAACUCUCUUGAGCGGCAGUUCGUACAGUACACGGCGGCAGUGUCGCGCACGAGGCGGCUCACGUUCCGGCAACGUGUCGGCCUCGUCGAGUCCUCGGCGAUGCGCGAGCUGCACAACCUCAUCAUAUCUGCGCGGAGGCCGCUCGAGGCCUAUUUCCGCAGUAUGGACGUGGAGCAAAGCGGAUACAUACCCAUCAGUGACUGGUGCGCGGCCAUGGAAGAAACCACGCACCUCGGGCUGCCGUGGCGCAUGCUCAAGGACAAACUCGUGCGCACGGACCCCGACACGCGCAGGGUGCGCUACAUGGACACCUUUGAGUUCACUGCAAAUAAACUUGCACGUAAAGCAGACACGCAGACUGUCGUGGACACUCUUUACAGAAACAAAACUAGUUUAGAAGCUAUUUUUAAAAUCUUAGACAAGGAUAACUCAGGCUAUAUAACUCUUGAGGAGUUCUCGGAGGCGUGUCAGCUCCUUGGUAAAUACAUGCCGAACCCGAUGACGCAAGAGCAGCUGGUGGACAUCUGCCGCCUGAUGGAUAUUAACAAAGAUGGGCUCGUCGACCUUAACGAGUUCCUUGAAAGCUUCCGGCUCGCCGAGAAGAGCCUCGAGGGUGACGAGGAGGAGGACACUUGACAGGAGCCCGGCCGCCGCCCCUGCCGGACGGCGGUCGAUCACGACGAGACCGGCGUCACCGUUGAAGUACUCAAACUCGACGACGACACUAAAAUCAACAAGAAACAUAACAAAAACGGACUGGCUCAUGCCUUGGGAGAGAGCAUUCCCAGCGUGUCCCAACAGAUCGAAGAGAUAGAGUUGAUAGAUUGUGAUGAGAGGCCGCGUCGGCCUGGCCUGCUCGAAAGCGACAUGUAACGCCACUGUCGCAAAGCCAGACCCUUUAACGGAAGCAUUUACUUGCGAUUUUAAACAUCUGUCUUUUCCUUCUAAAAGCAAGAGAAAGGGACAAGCUUUAUGAAAAUGAAAUGAAAUAAAAUUGUCUAUUUCAGGCAUCUAGUGGCCCAUAUAUUAAUACCUAAAGCGGUGAUAAAACCAACUGUGCCGCACGUUUCUGGAUAUUCUCUAUUUUGAUAUUAAUGUCGGUUGUAUGCAUUUCUGUUGCAAAUUUUUGCUUAGAUGUUUAAUAAGAUGAGAAUAUUUUAUAUACCUACGUGUGCGCUGUUACAUUAAAUUGAAGCUUUAUCCGUGAUAAACUUUUGCAAAUCUAUUCCUACUCGUCUAAGAUAAUUGUAAGCAUGACAGCGUUUAUCGUCAGUAUUACAUUUUUCGUGUCUUUAUAACAUGACAUGAAAAAAAUGACAUUAAAAUGAAAUAUUAAAUGACAAGGCACUUGGCUGUGGAAAUCUGAAAGGACCUUUAUAACGUCGAUGGCUGCUGGCGUGCCGAAUCUUUGUUGUAAACGAAUUAUUAGUAAUUUUGAUCAAUACUCUUAUCAUACUCAUGUUAAAUCAUCAAUUUGAUAUACAAAACCUUCUGUGAAAUCGUUUUAUAUAGUCUGAAUUUGCCCAUUGAAGUUCACGAAAAAUAUUCCUAUAUACGUGUUAAAAUGGUCAGUUCGAUUUACUUAAUUAUGUCGUUCGUGGUUUGAGUUCCUACUAUUUACUAAACGAUUUAUACAGUCCCAUAUUACUAUCCUCUCGGCCAAAUUUCACCUCUAGCUAAAAGUGGACGGUUUCACGUUGUGUAUAUUCGUCAAUUGUUCUUCCUUAUGUAAAAAAAAAUCAAUUCUAAAGUUUGUGCUUUGAAAAUUUAACUAUUAGUAAAAAAAAAUAAGACAUUAGACCAAUACUUUAAUAUGAAAAAUUAACUAACUUAAUCUAUAAAUAAAUAACUUUUCUGGAUUUAUAUUUUGUUUCAUGAAUCGGUGCCAAUUAUUGAGCAAAUUAGAUAUUAUUCGUAUGUUCAGUAUCAAAAACAAACUAAUUGAUAAAUUUUAAACUAACGAAUGGGAACAAUAUCAUUACAUCCUUUACUCAAUUUUAACGAUACUUUGUAUUUGUAUUUUUAUAGGACCUACUGUAAUAAUAAUAAUUUGUAUUUAUUCACAAAAACUGCAUCGGAAAUAUUUUUCCAAUUUUAACUUUGUACCUAUUAGCCAAUAUAAACCGGUGCAGUUCCACUGAUGUCGUAGAAAAAAUAUUUACUUAGGUAUGUACUUGAAAUAAAAAUCAAGUAAAAAUUUAUAAACAAUUUUAAUAGGUAUAAGGUAUAAAUAAGCCUAUUUAUGAAGAUAAUCAUUUUUGGCGUGUCUAGUAAGAGUACAUAGUACAUUUUCAUAUACAUAUCUCUAUAUUCAAUUAUUAAGCAUUCCAAUGCAGUAGGGUACCAGAUAUUCGCGUCUCAAUUUUUAAUAGCCUACCUUAGCCAAAGGCAAGUAAUUAUGCAUUUCGGGAACUUUUCUCUGUAGCCUGAAUUGCUAUACCUAUUUGUGUACUUUCUCUAUUAUUGUCUAAAUACUCUUAAUUGUCUCAUAUAAUGUAAGUAGAUAAUCGUACAAUAACUGUAAUCCACUACUUGUGCUAUUUUAAAUCAUUCUUCUUCAAUGAUUAUUCUCGCAUUACGAAAUUGUAGCCAAUAUGCCGAUAUUUUAAUAAUUGUCCAUUAAAAUGUGAUAUUGCU